CAGCUUCUAGAGGAACAUAAGAAGAGUCUGAGGAGGAGAUGUGAAGGUGUGACUGAAGGAAGUGAUGAAGCAGGAGGAGGAAGCCUCCUCAACAGGAUCUACACUGAGCUCCACAUCACAGAAGGACUCAGUGAGGAGCUUCAGAGGGAACCUGAGCUGAAGCAGCUGGAGACAGCUUCCAGGAAGGAGAGCCUCCAUCACACUGCCAUCAGGGUUCAGGACAUCUUCAAAGCCUCGGCCCAGCAGCUCAGACACAUCCGAGUGGUUGUGACCAGCGGCGUGGCCGGCAGCGGAAAAACCUUCUCGGUGCACAAGUUCACUGUGGACUGGGCCGAGGGCCUGGAGAACCAGGAUGUCAGUGUGCUGGUUGUUCUCUCCUUCAGGGAGCUGAACCUGAUCAGAGAGCAGCCGUACAGUCUUCUCACGCUGCUCCAUGUUUUCUAUCCGGCGCUCCAGAAGGUGACGGCAGAGGAGCUGGCUGUCUGCAAGCUGCUGUUCAUCUUUGACGGUCUGGAUGAAAGCAGACUUUCUCUGGACUUCAGCAACACCCAGCGGCUGGUUGACGUCUCCCAGCAGUCUUCAGUCAGCCUGCUGCUCACUAACCUCAUCCGGGGGGAUCUGCUGCCCUCGGCUCGGGUCUGGAUCACUUCCAGACCUGCAGCUGCCAAUCAGAUCCCUCCAUCAUGUGUGGACAGACUGACAGAAGUGCGAGGCUUCACUGACGCCCAGAAGGAGGAGUACUUCAGGAGGAGGCUGAGUGAUGAGGAGCUGAGCAGCAGAAUCAUCUCCCACAUCCAGACCUCCAGGAGCCUCCACAUCAUGUGUGGAAUCCCAGUCUUCUGCUGGAUCACUGCUACAGUUCUGGAGCACAUGUUGAGCAGCGAGCAGAGAGGAGAGCUGCCCCAGACCCUGACUGACAUGUACUCCCACUUUGUGCUGGUUCAGACACACAGGAAGAAGCUCAAGUACCAUGAAGGACCUGAGACGGGUCCACAGGAGCUGACAGAGGCUGACAGGGAGCUUCUUCUGAAGCUGGGCAGGAUGGCCUUGGAACAUCUGGAGAAAGGAAACAUCCUGUUCUACCAAGAAGACCUGGAGCAGUGUGGUCUGGAUGUGACUGAGGCCUCGCUGUUCUCUGAAGUUUGUUCUCAGAUCUUCAAAAGAGAGUCUGUGAUCUUCCAGAAAGCCGUCUACAGCUUCGUCCAUCUGAGUGUUCAGGAGUUUCUGGCUGCAGUCUUCAUGUUCCACUGUUUCACCAACAGGAAGACAGACGAACUGAAGACCUUCCUCAGAGAGGACCAGAAUCUGUCAUCUCUGGACGAGUUCCUGAAGAAAGUCCUGCAGAAAUCCCUCAGAAGUCACAACGGCCACCUGGACCUGUUUGUCCGCUUCCUUCAUGGCCUCUCUCUGAAAUCCAACCAGAGACUCUUAGAAGGUCUGCUGGGUCGGACAGAGAUCAGUCCAGAAACCAUCCAGAGAGUCAUCCAGAACCUGAAGGAGAUCAACAGUGAUGAAAUGUCUCCUGACAGAAGCAUCAACAUCUUCCACUGUCUGAUGGAGAUGAAGGACCUCUCAGUCCAUCAGGACAUCCAGAAGCUCCUGAAGUCAAAGAACAGAUCAGAGGAACUCUCUGAGAUCCACUGCUCAGCUCUGGCCUACAUGCUGCAGAUGUCAGACCAGGUCCUGCCGGCAUUGAAUCUGAAGAAAUACAAGACAUCAGAGGAGGGACGACGGAGACUGAUUCCAGCUGUGAGGAACUGCAGGAAGGCUGAACUUCAUGACUGUGAAUUCUCUGAUUCUCACUAUGAAGUGAUCUCCUCAGCUCUGAAGUCUGACCCCUCCCAUCUGAAACAUCUGGACCUGAGUCGCAACAUGCUGCAGAAUUCAUCAGUGAAGAUUCUGUGUUCUGGACUGGAGAGUCCAAACUGUAACCUGGAGACUCUGAGUUUGAGGAACUGCAGCUUGUCAGAGAUCAGCUGUUCUUCUGUGGUCUCAGCUCUGAAGUCCAACCCCUCCCUCCUGAAACAUCUCAAACAUCUGGACCUGAGUGGGAACCAGCUGCAGGAUUCAGGAGUUGAGCAGCUGUGUGGUUUUCUGGACAGUCCACUCUGCAGUCUGGAGUAUCUGUGGUUGUGGAACUGUAAGAUGACAACGAUCAGCUGUUCUUCUCUGGUCUCAGCUCUGACGUCCAACCCCUCUCUACUGAAACAUCUGGACCUGAGUAGGAACCAGCUGCAGGAUUCAGGAGUUGAACAGCUGUGUGGUUUUCUGAAGAGUCCAUUCUGCAGUCUGGAGGAUCUGAGGUUGAUGAACUGCAGUUUGUCAGAGAUCAGCUGUUCUUCUCUGGCCUCAGCUCUGAAGUCCAACCCCUCCCACCUGAAGGAGCUCAACCUGAGUGGGAACCAGCUGCAGGAUCCAGAUGUGCAGCAGCUGGUUGAUCUUCAGCAGAGUCCAGACUGCAGCCUGCAGACUCUGAGAUUGUGAAGGUUCUAUCUGCCUGCUGGAGCCCCUUCAUGCUACAAGCAACCUGAAAAUGUCAGGAGGAAAUACUCAAAAUAUUUUUGCCAAAUGUUAGUUUGGAAAAAUAUACUCAAAUAUACUGAACAAUGUCAUUUAUCUAGGAUGAGGAGGAUGAAACCGUGUCU